AUGGUGGAUGAGGUGACCACCAUGAAGGAUGACGUCAUCAACGCCAACACGCUGCCUUGGCUGGUCUGCUCGGGCGUGUCCAUCCUGGCCAACACAUGGAGCAUCCUUAGCGUCAGUGCCAAGCAGAAAAAGUGGAAGCCACUGGAAUUCCUCAUCUGCACACUGGCAGGCACGCACAUCCUCAACAUGGCCAUCCCCAUCACCAUGUACUGUGUCAUAACGUUGCGCCGCCAGCAUUCGACCUACGAGUGGAACGAGGGUUUGUGCAAGGUGUUUGUUUCCACCUUCUACACUCUCACAUUGGUCACCUGCUUCUCUGUCACCUCGCUCUCUUAUCACCGCAUGUGGAUGGUACGCUGGCCUGUAAACUACAGGUUGAGUAACACCAAGAAGCAGGCGGUGCACACAGUGAUGGGUAUCUGGAUGGUAUCAUUCAUCCUGUCUACGCUUCCAGCAGUGGGCUGGCACGACACCAUCGACCGCUUCUACACCUCUGACUGUCGAUUUAUUGUGACUGAGAUCGGCCUGGGCUUUGGCGUUUGCUUUCUGCUGCUGAUUGGCGGGAGCGUGGCCAUGGGUGUGAUCUGUAUCGGCAUUGCUCUCUUUCAGACCUUCUCCAUUCAGGCGGGCCACAAUGCUGACAAGAACAAGUUUAAUGUCCCCACCAUAGUGGUGGAGGAUGCCCAGGGGAAGCGCAGAUCAUCCAUUGAUGGAUCAGAGCCUCUCAAGACGUCACUGCAGAUCACUUACCUGAUCAGUGGCAUUGUGUUCAUCUAUGACUUCCUGACUGGCUUCCCCAUACUGGUGGUGAGCUUUGCCAGUCUGAAGUUCGACCGCUCCUACGACUGGAUGGUGUUGUGUGUGCUGUGGUGCUCCAUCGCCCAGUCCAUCCUGCUACCCAUGUUCCUCUGGGCUUGUGACCGCUAUCGGGCUGACAUCCGCAUGGUGUGGGAGAAAUGCGUCGCCAUUAUGUCCAAUGAUGACGUGGAUGAGGAAAACAGCCAAGAUGGAAGAAUUCAUGCCGACUUAAUAUAUGACAGACCAUAUGACUAUAGCUUGGCGCCUGAAAUCGUGACGAUAGACCGUAAUGCCAAGUAUGAGUUCUCAACCUUAGAAAGGGGGGUCCCGCAAGGGUAUCCAUUGAGGGAACAACAGGAAGAUAGAAUGCAGUAUUUGCAGGUGCCCCCUACAAGAAGAUACUCCCACGACGAAACCGACAUGUGGACCAGCGACCGGAUCCCCUCAUACCUUCACCGAUGGGGCUCCACCGAGGACAUGAUAGUGACUGCCCACUACAGCUCCACCUUGUCGCACCACGAGAGGCGCAGGAACAGCCUGGUCUCCUACCACGAGGAGAGCCACCAUCAUCAUCACCCUCAUCGCAAACGGCGACGCUCUGAGGAUAGUAUGCACUCCCUCAAGCACCUGCCACGCGUGGUUUGCGGGGGGGAGCGCUAUGAGGACGAACUGCGGUGUUUCAGCCGCGAUGAGGUGAUCAAUUAUAUAGAUGAGACGCCACUGCCGAGCCCCAGGAAGAGCCCGCGGCGUACAUCCACCAUCUCACUUAUACCCAAUGUGUAUGAACAGCACACAGUCAUCCUUCCUCACUUUGCGCUCACAGACUUUGAGCGUGAGCCUCAAGCGCUCAGGCGGCUCUCAGAACAUAAAAGGAGCCGGGGAAACUCGCCUGAAGGUUCACCCAAACCAGACAGACCUGCUGGAAAGAAGAGUCCUGGGGCUUGUGGCUCUGGUAAGGGGUGCCGGGAGCGCCUGCGAGAUGCAAAACACCAGGGUGAAGUGGCCUCACCAGGGCGCAGCCAGCAGACUCCAGGGCACUCUGCUUGUAGGCCCAGGACAGGUGUUGGAUACGGGGCCGGUGCUGGAGCUGACUGGGUGCAUCAGAAGCACCUGAGCAAGGCUGAGAGUAAAGGAAGCACAAACAGUUUUGUAAGCACACCCUCGGCAUCGUCCUCGGGAUACAUUACCUUUCACUCUGAUUCUGUAGGCUCCACCACCUAA